AAAGUUUGGGCCGGAAGUCGCAGUUUUAUGGUGGCGCCAUAAGUCUGAAUUGCAAGGUUUCGAAGCUGAAGAAAGGAAAGCAAAAUAUAGGCUGCCUCUAUCUUCCUUGUGAACAUUAAGUUCAUCGCAUUAACCCCUGCUGCCAUGCUGACCUGUGAAAUCUGUGGUGAGGAGAUAAUGUUGGAAGAGGACAUGAAGACACAUCUCCUUCUCAGCCACCUGGAAAAUGACAUGCACUGCCCGCUCUGUUCCCUGUCUGGAGUGUCCUACGAUGAACUCUGCUUCCACAUCAGUUCUGCGCAUCCAGAGCACAGAGCACAGGAUCCGGCUCACUUUACAUCCACUUCAGGCUACUCUGCUGGAACACACGUUGGUGUAACUGAGAGCGAGACGCUCCAAAGAGCCCCAAAGUUAUUAUCAUCUCAAUCAUGUUCGGCUAGGGACAGCUGUGAUACAGCUGGUGAAGCAACACCCACUGGUUCCUCUAGUGUCACCACAGACUCAGUGCAACCUAAACAGAAUAGUACACCAGAAAGUGGGGGUUCAUCACCUGGGGAGAAUGCACCUAUCACUUUGACAACACAAAGCCCUAAAACAAGACAGGGGUCUGUCAGGCAUUGUAAUGAGGACAAUAAUGGAAUUAAAUCUAAGCACAGUGAAGCCAAACAGAAGCGUCUGAAAGUUACAGAGAAGCUCUUCUCCUGCCCCAUGUGUGCACUGGUCUGCAGCAGCUGUUUCAUCCUGCAGGAGCAUGUUGAAUUACAUCUGCAGGAACAGCACUCAGCUGAAGGGAGCCCUGGCUCAGACCUGAAGCUGGCCAGACAGCUUCAGGAGGAGGAAGAGCGGAGGGGGAGGCAGGAAGAGGCCCAGCAGGAGCGAGAGGAGUUCAAGAAGCUGCAGAGGCAGUUUGGACAGGACGGCAGAGGAGGCUACUUCAGACAGAUGGAAAGGACCAUGGAGAGAGCUGUGGCCAGGGGUCUUAUGGUCCCCGCAGAGUUUCACUGUAAAAGGGCUGAGAUGAUGGAGUCUCUGGCCUCAGGGGUUGAUGAUGGCAGAACCAGAACUCAGGGUGUGGUCAGAGCCUUAUAUGAAUACUACCAGACUGAAUGCAGAGACUGUGUCCGUGUGUGGCUGAGUGCUGACACUGACCACUACUGCUCUUCAGCGGGGGAUAAAGGCUGGGGCUGUGGAUACAGAAACUUCCAGAUGCUCUUCUCCUCUCUACAAAGAAUAGAUGCAUAUGCUCCCAUCCUACAAGAGAAGGCAGUGCCUAGUAUCCCUCAGGUGCAGAGUAUGAUUGAGGAGGCUUGGAAAGAAGGACUGGAUGCACAAGGUGCAUCCCACUUCAACCAGCGGCUGCAGGGAACACGAGCCUGGAUCGGAGCCACAGAGAUAUUCACCCUCCUAACCUCUAUGGGAAUCAGUGCCCGCAUCAUCGACUUCCACCAAUCGACGGGCCUAGGUGACACCCACCCUUUGCUGUUUGACUGGGUGAAGCAGUACUUCUGUCAGUCCAGCAGGAGCAACAGACUGCCCCCCAGACUCAUCCACACCUCCCUGCCCCCGCUUUACCUGCAGCACCAAGGUCACAGCCGCUCUAUAGUGGGCUUGGAGCAAAAGAAGAAUGGGAGCCUGUGCCUCCUGCUUCUGGAUCCUGGCUCCUCAGCGUCAGAAACCAGAAAGCUGUUGAGCAGGGAGACCGUCUCCACAGCCGUCCGCCACGUCAGGAAGUUCCCCGGCAGCCUGAAGCAUAAACAGUACCAAGUGGUGGCAGUACACGGUGUGUUGUCAGCUGAGGAGAAACAGAUUAGCAUCUUGAACUCCAGGACAUUAUGCGCUGAAAGGAUUCCAUGAACAGGAACCAACUUCUUUAUCUCUUCUGUUUGUUUUUACUGUGGACAUACAUUAGAUUUCUCACUUCAGGAGCUAUUUAAUGUGGUCAUUUGCUAAUAAAUUUUAUAAUUUACACACAUUUUUAAAAUAAACUCUGUUUCCAUGCUGUCCAGUUAUUUACAAUUAGCCGUUAAUGGUUAAUGUGUGAGAGGAAAUGGAGCAGAACCAACCUGACUGUCCUUAAAGAACCCUGCCCAACGAGAAACAUGCAGAGCCCCUGUCAAGGUAUCAAGGUUCAUUUGUUUGUCAUUUUACAACACAGGGUUGCACAAUGAAUUGUAAGUUGUCGCUCCUUCAUGCUACACACAAACAUACAAAGAUUUACAUUUGAAUAGAAUAAAAUAAAACAAUAUAUACAGUUACUUAUGUACAUAUAUACACCCAGAAAGUAUGUAUCCAUCUGGCUGUCAGAGAAUCACACUGUUUAAUUGAAAAUACCCUGUGAUGUUAAAUGGAACCAAAUCUCUACAAUUUGAAAUAAGUGCAUUUUAUUGUAAAACAUCAAAUAUUUGAUUGCUUAAGUGAUUUAGUCCCUUUGCUGUGACACACCGAAAUAUCACUUAGCAGCCAUCUGUUUUUAGAAGUAACAUGAGAAGUUGAACAGAGGUCAAAUGUGUGUAAUAAGUGUGAUGGCUGGUUUUAGGUUAAAUACAGCUUAAAGUCCAACAGCUGGUCAGGGUUUCCUGCAGUGUUUUCUAGAGGAGGCCAGCCACCGCGUCUGAAAUACAAACCACCGCCCUAACAUCAUAAAAAAUGAUCACAAUUUUUCUAAACUAAACAUUAGCCUUUAGGGGAAAGGUGCAUACGAGCUUGUUCACAUUGCAAAUGUCAUAUGUGUAAUGAGUGCGCCUAUUAUUCAGGCUGUCAUCUACUAAGUAAAUUGAACAUGUGGCAGUUAGUAUCUGAGUCACUUACCACCUCUGAUAAACAAUUUCCUUGCUGGCUGGUCAAUUUCCUGGUAAAACCUACAUCAUGAAGACAAUUAGGUUUGCAUUUGAUCAUUCUUAUUAUUAUUUGAUUGUUUUAUUGCUUAUUAAUUCACUUUAAGCAUGAUUCAUUCAUUUGAAAAUUGUAGUAGAAAAAAAAUAAAGUACUUUCUCACAGUC